GAGCCACACACUCAGCGGCUCGUUCUCGGGACAUCACAGCACAACUGAUUACAAAGUAACAACCGCGGCGUGUCAUCAAACAUCACAGAGUCGCCGCACGCGGGGGUUUCCCGGGAGUCCGCGAGCUCGCUGAAGUGCGCGAAAAGAAAGAAAAGAGGAAUAGGACAGGCGCGUGGUCAUCACGAGGCAGUUUCAGUGGGCUGUAGGGUUGCAUUCGCUUGUUGCCAUGCAAAUAUACGUCCUGUUCACUGUAUAGAGAAACGGAACACCCGGAUUACUGCAGACCCUGCUGCUAAUGCACGACGCUGUUUGACAUUCUGUACGUUUACAGCGACAUGGGAGAAAGAGCUCCGACUGUCCAGUGAGAAUGUUUCCAUUGCACAGAGAGAGGGAGCAGCCCAUCUUCAGCUCACGAGCUCAUGUGUUCCAAAUCGAUCCCGCCACCAAACGUAACUGGAUUCCGGCCAGCAAGCACGCGGUCACUGUCUCCUUCUUUUAUGAUGCGACCAGACACGCCUACCGCAUCAUCAGUGUGGGCGGGACCAAGGCGAUCAUUAACAGCACUGUCAGCCCCAACAUGACCUUCACCAAGACAUCACAGAAGUUCGGUCAGUGGGCCGACAGCAGAGCAAACACUGUGUAUGGCCUCGGCUUCGCUACAGAACAGCAGCUGCAUCAGUUUGCAGAGCGUUUUAAGGAGGUAAAAGAAGCAGUGCGCCUGGCCAGAGAGAGGUCGCAGGAGAAGAUGGAGUUGACCAACGCGGCGCUCAGCAUCGCAGCUCCACAGGAUCUGUCGGAUGAGCUUCAGUCUCCUCCGGUGAUGUGUUUGAACGGACCAGAGGACAAACUCUUCAGAAGUCAGAGCGCUGACAUAACACUGUGUUCAGAGAAAGAGCGCAUUAAAAAGAUGCUGUCAGAAGGGUCGAUCUGUGAGAUGAAUUUUGAGGCCGAGCUCUUCACCUUACAGGACAGUAACGCUAAACUUGUGGCAGCGCUGCACGAGGCCAACGCAAACGUGGAACAGUGGAAGAAACAGCUGGUGGCAUAUCAGGAGGAGACAGACAGAUUACGAGAUCAGAUAGCUGAACUGGAGGCUCAUGGAGCUCAAGGACCCAGUGACGUUUUGAAAGAUGAACUGACUCAGUCUCUGGAAGAGCUGGAGAACUUACUGAAGGCAAAAGAUGAGGAGAUUCGGAUUCUUCAGAGUAAAAAAUCUGACUUCCAUGAACUGGAGCAGGAGAGAGAGGAGGCCAUCCACAGAAUACAGGAGUUAGAGAUGCGUAACAUCGAGCUUGAGCGGCGGGUGCAGAACACGGAGCAGAAUCUGGCCUCCGCGCUGGAGGACCGCGACCGGGCUGAACACGAGGUCCAGAGGGUCAUUCAGAUCCUCGAUGUCAAGAUCUUUGACCUCAAUGACCUUCGACAAAGUCUGGUCCAGCUGAUCAGUAAAUAAUCUGAUUAAAGAUCAGUGCCGGAGACACUUGAUAGACGGCCGGUGCGAGAAGCACAUCAUCCACAGUUCAGAGCACAGAGCACAGAGACAGCACACCGAUACAAGCAGGGUUAUUUACAUUUCUUUGCUUUGUUUUACGGAGUAAAUGUUUUUAAUUUCAAGCAUAGCAAUAAACUUCAGCGAAAUUGAGGAUAUAUCUGUAGAAAUAAACGACAAUGGUUGUAUUUUUACACCGGAAACACCUCGCACGACUGUGGGAAGGUUUAUUUUUUAUAUGGUUUGUGGAAAUCACUGUUCGUUGGGCAGGUUUUUAUCACUCGCAUUAAACAUUGUAUAUUGAUUCUCAAUAACCAGUUAUAAAAGAUAAACCUGACAUAAUGAGCUAUCCAUAAUGUUUUUUUCAUUCAUUUUAUAUUUGAUAAUGAUUUUUUUUAAACAAUAUAUAAAAUACUUUUAUGUUUUUAUUUCUGCAGAAGGAAAUCCACCUUUUUUUUGCUCUACUUUUAUUCACCUUUUUAAACUUUAACCUGCAAAAAAACAUUUUUGGGAGAUAUGAGCAAAAUAUAAAUCAUUCAUUCAUGGUUCCCCAUUCAAGGUUGACCAAGUUAUGUACAGAAAUAUUAGCAUAAAAAUGUUAAAAUGAACCUAACACAUACAUUACCGGUCAAAAGUUUUUGGACCCUUGUGGGUUCAUAUUUUUUCCAUAUUUUAGAAUAAUAAUCAAAUCAUAAAAAUUAUGUAAUAAAACAAAGGAAAACUGUGGAAAUUGUUGUAAUACAAAAAAUGUAAACGUGUUAUAAUUUAUCAUCUUCGGUGAAGUCACCUUUCGACUAGAAUUUGCAGAAAUGUUUUCUUGUAUUUUUCUCAAGUAGCUUCUUGUGGUCUCACCCUCGAGAUGCUUUUUAAACAAUAUUAAAGGAGUUUUCAUCUAUUCUGUGUUCUGACUGAAUACUGAAGAAAGAACAGCCAAUAAAAGUCAUCCAGAAACAUUUUUUAUUAAGUAAAAUGCUAGUUUUGGCAUGAAAACUAAUUUCAAUAAUGUAAGCAUACACUAUCAGAUUUUAAUGGUUUUUAUAAAUAACGGGAAACAUUUCACUCAAGUUUCACAAAACGUUUGACCGGCAGUGUAUACAGACUAAGAAGACUUAAGAAAAUUAAAGGCCACAAUAAGUAAAAUUUUGAUUGUUUAUUUCAAUCUUGUUUUGGACAAUAUAUUUUUGUCAAACUCAAAAAAGCAUAUAAAACAUUAGAAGUUGCAAAGAAGUUACAAGUGUCUUAAGAGUUACAUUGUACAAACAUGAUCACUUCUCAUAGACUAAGAUGUUUUCUGUUCAACUUAAUUUCACUUUCUGUAGACAAACUAACACCACCACCCUUGUAGUGUUUUUUACCUAAGACAUCCUAUAUUUAUGAGGAAUGAAACCCAACAUGUUUACUGGCUUGGGAACGAUGCGUCAUGUUUUUGGAUUUUAUUCUCUGUAGAAUCAGUGUGUUUUAUACAGGUGUGAAUGUGGAUCACAGCUGGAGUGUGUAAACCAAAGACCAGCUUGAAUGUGGCCAGUGACAAACCUCUGUAUGUUCAUACUGUGGAAUGCUUAACAUAGAGUCUAAAUCAAAGAAAUAUAAAGUAGAUAGAAUUAAACAAUUGCUCUGUUAUCAUAGUAUGUUAAGAAAUCCCUGGUGCUCAAGGGAAGUUUAUAUUUAAGAGUAGAUGUAGUUCUGCAUUGGGAUUGAGCUCAUGAAUGCAUCUUGGCACGUAGUUCUGUCAUUCUGCAUUGAUACGGCUUUAAAGAUCUAAUAAAGCCAUAAGCUUUAAUGGCUGUAGUGGAUGUAUUUGUGGCUUUGAGCUACGGUAUAAAGUACCGACAGCCUGUUUCUGCCAGACUACUAGAACACAACACUAACACAAGGCACCGUAGGAUAGAAAAAGUAAUAUUUUUGGAUGUAUACUUCAUUAUGUGUACUGCUUUAUAUAAUCUUAACAAAGAGCAUGUGUGUGAUGAUUUACAAGAAAUGUACAGACUGUCGUAAGAUGCAUCUGCUUUGGUUUUAACAGACAUUUCACUGAUGUAAGAGACCAAGCCCAGAUAUAUGCUUUCGCAGACAAGUGCACACGAGUCAAUUUGUUCUGGGUCUUCUGAAAACACAGACUGAUGGACUGCAAAUAGUUUUCAUUUUACACUAAGAGUCAGUUUAUACUGUGCUUAAGCAACAAGCUUCAGGAAUAAAAAAAUAUCUGUACGAAGUUCUCUGAAUAAAAAUAAAUAAAAAAUC